AUGGCGAAGGACCUCAAAAGCACAAUCUUAGGGAGCGUCGCUGCGGUCGUGGGUGUCUAUUUGCUCGCUGUCGUCUUGCCUCAGCACGUGGAGGAAACGCCGUCGCACCGGCGAUACUUGGACUCAGGAGGACUAGGUGCGGCAAUCUGGGGCUCGCUUCUGAUCUUCUACUUCGCUCCAAACAUUGCUAUGUCCGAAGACAUCGAAGACACGGAAUGCGCCAAGCAUUGGGAAGGCCAGCUGCAUGGAACAUCGGCCAAUGAGGUUGUAAGUGUACUGGGCAAGCAUGAGGACACCUUCUCAUGCUGCGCGAUGUUGAAUCCUUUUGGUCGAUUCGGCAGCUUCCUGUUUCUAGUCUUGCGUACAGUCGGCAACGCGGCCUUCAUAGUCUACAACUUUUGCACCCUGCCGACACGAGAUCCGGAUGAGCGACUGAAUCAAGCCAAGCACUGCGUAACAUGGCUGGAGUUCCCUGGAACGGUGCUGGUUCUAUCAAUCAUAACACUUUUGGCAAUUGCCACGCUGUGCACAUCGAACAUGAAGCUUGCUUUGGCAUGGCGAGACGCCCUGAAAGCAGCUUCGACCUUCUCGGUUCUGCAGACACUGCCGCUUGCGAGUCCAAUGACUUUCAAGAAGACCAUUGAAGAAGCCAUCCGGACGAAGGGCCUUGUGCUUGGUAUUGCAAAGAGCGUGCAAUUCUUGUGGCUGGUGCCACUAGCCAUCCUGUCCGUUCUUGUCAAGAUUGGGCAGGUGGAUUUCAUCACCGAGACGAUCGUUUGGGACUGGGGAUUCUGGGAGUUCUUCGCGUUGGCCGGGUUUAUCAACAACCUUGCAGGGCUCAGGGGCGACCAUGAUGCUGCAAAAGUAGAAGGGAUGUUCCUGCUUGUGGACAAACGGGAUCCGCAGACGCUCCGCGGACUCUGGGAGAGCGAGGUGGCUGCCUCGGCUCAGCAGCUUUACGGGACUCUGGGUGCCUUGGUCGUCCUCUCCACCCUGUCGGAGCAGCAUGUGUGCCAGCUGUUGAACCCCAGGAACAACAUGAAAACCACGGGGCAUGGUCCAGGGCUCUAUGGGCUUCUGAAAGUGGAGCCCUGA